AUGCCACCAGCCGGAACUCAAAGCAACAAUGCUGCCAGCCGCCGUUCAACCGGCCCCAUCCGUCAGCGCGAGAACAGAGUACACAACCAGAAUUCCCAGCUCGGAGGAGCCCCUCCACGACGCCGCAAGUCUCGUUCCCCAGACGCGCGGGCGGGCGAGGAGAUGCAUUCCCCCACCGACGCGCUCGCGCGCAGGAAGAAGCGGACAUCGGGUCUCAUGGGCAACGGUACGGGCUCCUCGUCCAGCAACCCUGUGAACAUGGCGACGACGCGCAUCGUUGUGUACGAGGAUCCCCAGCAGGACCGAGGGAGGAUCAAGUCGAAGCCCAGGUCGCGCCCAGGGACGAUGCGGGUGGACGAGGAUGACGAUGUCCACAUCGUGACCAAUAUCCUCUCGGAGCAGAACCGUCCGGCGACCGUGCAGAGCUCGAAGCAGAAGCGCAAGGAGCAGCGGUCGCGCUCCCGGGACGCACAUAGACUGUCGAGGAAAACGGCGACCCCCGAACCGUCCGAGGAUGAUGCAGAACCCGCGCACGCUGCUCCUUUGGCUCAAGCGGAAUAUGUAAGAAUGAAGCAAGAGCUAGAGUCCUUGCGAAAGCAAGCUGCGGUGAACAAGAAGUCAAUGAAGGCCCAUCACAAGACCAUCGAGGACCUGAAGACGGAGUUGAAGGGGAUCACAGACUCCCAUCGCACGCAGCACGCAGAGUACGAAAAGCUCAAGACACAGUCAAAGCGGUCGGAUGACCUUGUCGCUGCGAUUGAAUCCAACCUGACUUGCCAAAUAUGUAUGGAGCUUCUUCUCAAGCCGCACGCACUUUCACCUUGCGGGCACAUUCUAUGCAUGGGAUGUCUGUUGGAAUGGUUCAAAUCCGCACCCCCUGGCGACGACGAGAUGCUCGACGAGGCCUACCCUCACGCCCUUCUCUACCGGAAGAAGACGUGUCCUUGUUGCCGUACUGUUGUGCGUAGCAAGCCAGUGCCCUUAUAUCUAGUCAAAUCUCUCGCCUCUGCGCUGGACAAAUGGAAGGCUCCGAUUGGUACGACGCGCCGGUCGCCUCCUCCCGAUGACGAAAACCCCUGGGCAGGCAUCUUCCGUGAACCUCACGACCUUGAAGACCACUGGAGUACCGACGAGGACGACGAGGACGAAGACGAAGAAGACGAGGAGGACGGCGAGGAGGAGGACGCGUACGACAACUGGUCAGCGUACGGCACCGACACCGACGAAGAACAUUACAACGGACAGUACGUGAGCCCUCGUUGGGCGCCGCCAACGGUACCCGUCACUCCUGCAACAUUCCCGUUCUUGGACGACGACGCUGAGGAAAUCGCGAUGUUGCGACGAGGGGCGACGAUGCAGAUGAUUGAGAUCUUCCAGAUGUCGUACGACCACGACGCAGGCUUGCUCGCAUACAUUGAAGGAGGCAACUCGGUCUACCUCGGCUGGAACAUUCAACUGCAUCCGGACGAUGUCACGGGAGAGGAGUACAUGGACUGGAUCGUAUCUGACAUGUUCGACCGUCCGGAGCGGUGGCGCGUCGAGCAUGAUGGCGAGUUCGGCGUCUGGGCCGCUUGGAAGCUGGUGCGUGAGGACGAGGACGAGGAGUUUGAGAACACGGACUCCGAGAUGUGGCUGGGCGAAGAGGAUGAGGAUGAAGACAUGUACUAA